ACUGUCAGCAACCAGCCAUUCAUUGACACCUCAAAAUGAUAUGGAUUCCAGUAGCUCUGAAGAAUUCUAUCAAGCUGUUCACCAUGCUGAGCAAACCUUCAGAAAGAUGGAAAGUUACUUGAAGCAACAGCAACUCUGUGAUGUUAUCCUGAUUGUUGGGAAUCGAAAGAUACCUGCACAUAGACUGUCAGCAACCAGCCAUUCAUUGACACCUCAAAAUGAUAUGGAUUCCAGUAGCUCUGAAGAAUUCUAUCAAGCUGUUCACCAUGCUGAGCAAACCUUCAGAAAGAUGGAAAGUUACUUGAAGCAACAGCAACUCUGUGAUGUUAUCCUGAUUGUUGGGAAUCGAAAGAUACCUGCACAUAGGCUUGUUCUGAGUUCAGUCUCUGACUAUUUUGCGGCCAUGUUUACAAGUGAUGUUUGCGAAGCCAAGCAAGAGGAGAUCAAGAUGGAAGGCAUAGACCCCAAUGCCCUCUGGGACCUUGUCCAAUUUGCAUAUACAGGUUGCUUGGAAUUAAAGGAAGACACCAUUGAAAACCUUCUUGCUGCAGCAUGCCUUCUCCAGCUGCCUCAAGUAGUAGAAGUGUGCUGCCACUUCCUAAUGAAGCUUUUGCAUCCAUCUAACUGUUUAGGAAUCCGAGCAUUUGCAGAUGCUCAAGGAUGUAUUGAAUUAAUGAAGGUGGCCCACAGCUACACAAUG